GAGAGCGUGCUGUUAUAACAGCAUGGCGUCACGUAGUGGUAACUGAGCCGGUGUUUCGCUUGCAGCUUUGUUUAGUAACGAACAUGUCGGGAGCGUCAGGCGGAGAGAAACGUCCUCCUCCGAACUGGAUCCUGCAGCAUCCCGCGUACCAGCAGAUGAAGGACCUGCAAAUUGGGGACAGCGCUCAGGUGCAUGCAGCUUUUCUUGUGUACAUGGAUCUUACUGAGGUGCGGCGCUGGAAGGAGGUGUCCUGCGUGAAGAGUUCUGAGCUGCAGGUGGUUUUACUGGAAGCGAGGGAGAAGGAAGGAGCACCCACUCUGACGAUCCUUCCCCUGCCCGCUCACCAGUCUGUGACUCACAAAAGCAUACGACACGUCCUGGACAGAGGCUUUCCUGUGCUGCUGUGUGCAGUAGCAGCUGACUCCACGCUGGUCUACCAGAGGAUGACGGAUGGCCUGGUGACGCCGGACCCUCCUGUAGGACCUUUUCAGGAUAUGGGACGCCGGCAGCACCGGAAGAGACGGCAGCAGCGCUGAGCAGCUGACUGAGAAUGUGAUGAAUCGCUCAAAGAUUGAAAAGAGCCCCACAGGACCCCUUCAGGGGGAGUAUGUGAUUGUUAGGAUGACGUUGUGGCAACCUCUGGCAUCGUGAAGUUCACCUCAGAUGCAUGUUGAUAGGUUAAGGCGAAAAGAGAUAAAAUUAACUUUAAGAAAAGGGUGCAGAGAUUAGAAGUAACAUUCCUUUUUUAAUGCAAGUCGAGCUCCUGUUACAAUAUAUGGAGUGGUUUGGUUUGUUUGCUGCGGUGUAUGCACACUACAGAGUUGACUAGAAGCUUUCACAAUGAAAUCAGGGAUGCCAUAUCUCGUUUCCAUGCCUCCAAAGAAACCUUUCAAUGGGGCCGGAUGAGUCAGCAUCCACAAAGCUUACAGCUUUGCCAGUGAAUAUAUAUGAUAAAUGUGAAAUAUUACAGGAAAAGUAGUUCCUGAAAAGGUAGUUCAUUACCCAGACUGUCCUGCAAAUAUAAAAUAUACAUUUUUUGUUAAUUCAAGGAAAAUGAUCUUUGUUUGUUGUAAAACAAAAACAGACAUUUCUAUAGUAGGAAAACAGGAACUUAUCUGUCGUUUAAUUGUUUAUCUAAAAGUUAAUUACUUUGAUGUGGUGUGAAUGGCAAAGCUGUAACACUUAUGAAAAUACAGCUAAAAGUUCAUAAUCUAUGCACUCCUUGAAUUUUCCAAAGCUGUCCAGUUGGUUAGAUCGGACACUUCAUUUCAUUACUUUCUGGUUCAUUUUGUAACUUUUCUGCAUCUGUUCAUGAGAGAAAUGUCUCUGUUUGUGUAAAAAAACAACAACACAAAAAGUAGACACAAGGCCAUAGUGUCUCAAGUCUAAUAUUUUGGGGAGGUGCACGUGUCCCCCUGAAAUUUAUGCCUAUGGUUUGUAAUCCAUGUCAGCACAUUGGUUUUUGACAAUAGUCCCUUAAACACAAUUAUUAAGACCUGCUAUAAAUGUCAGUGAUUGUUUUAUUUAUUUUUUAAAACAAAUGUGCCUUAUUUUGAAAUAAACAUCAGG